UUGAAAAUAAAUCAAAAUACUGAAUCAUUUUGUUCAUGUGAAUUUUUUAAUGUUCUUUUAUGUAUUUUCGAAGAUAUUGGAAACUUUUUAAUCCUAUCUUACAACAUAAAAUGAGAAUGGAAACAUCAACAGAUGUUAUCCCAAACAAAACUAUAAAAGAAGGCCAAGCUGAAAUCUGCCUGACCACUGAGAAAGUAUUCUACAAUCCUGUGCAAGAAUUUAAUAGAGAUUUAAGUAUUGCAGUACUGAGUAUCUUUACUGAUGACUAUAAGACUGAGAACCGUGCUAAGGCAGAGAAGAAAACUAAAAAAGAUGGACAGAUGGAUGUAAUGUCAGAAAACAGUAAUACAGAGAGUAACGCAAUCAAUAUAACUAUUUUAGAAGCUCUGUCUGCAACCGGUCUAAGAAGUAUCCGUUAUGCUAAAGAAGUGCCAAAUGUUACGAAAAUUGUUGCCAAUGACUUUUCAAUACAGGCUGUUGAAACUAUCAAGGCUAAUGUUAUACACAAUCAGGUGGAGAAUUUGAUAGAAACCAACCAUGAUGAUGCUUGCAUGCUGAUGUACAAACACAAGCAACCGGCAAAGCGGUUUACGGCUAUCGAUUUAGACCCGUACGGUUGUCCCUCUAUAUUCCUCGACUCUGCAAUCCAGAGUGUCAGCGAAGGAGGCCUGCUACUCGUUACCGCCACAGACAUGGCGGUACUAGCUGGUAACUCACCAGAAACAUGUUACUGUAAAUAUGGUGCUGUUAGUUUGAAAACUAAAUGCUGCCAUGAAAUGGCAUUAAGGAUAUUGUUACAAUGUAUAGAGCAACAUGCAAAUAGAUACAGCCGCUACAUAGUGCCACUGCUCAGUAUAUCUGCAGAUUUCUACAUCCGUGUGUUUGUAAAGGUAUACUCAGGAGCGAUACACUGCAAGAAGACCACUAGUAAACUGUCAAUGGUGUACCACUGCGUGGGAUGUGACCACAUAACCCUGCAGCCGCUGGGUGGUUUCAAACCCAACCCCAGUGAGAAGAACCCCGAACAAAUGAAGUCGUACUUACCUCCCGCGCCGGUCGUGGGAGAGCAUUGUGUGCACUGCAAUCAAAGGCAUCAUCUUGGUGGCCCUAUCUGGUCAGCGCCUAUACACGACGAAGCUUUUGUAUCCAGAGUAUUAAUGCACGUACAAGAGCACCCGGCUCUGUUCGGAACAGCGAAGCGGAUAGAAGGCGUCUUGUCUAUGGUUCGGGAGGAGCUCCACAGCGUACCGUUGUACUACACCCUGGACAAGAUGUUCGGGCGUGUGCACUUGGAGACUAUGCCUAUGAUGGUAAUGAGGUCAGCAAUAAUGAACGCUGGACAUAAGGUGUCGUACUCACAUGCGUCCAAGUUGUCGAUAAAGACAACUGCGCCCGCGCACCUCAUGUGGGACAUCCUACGCACUUGGGAGAAGACGCACCCAGUUAAGCCGGCCAAGUUGGAUGCAGAUCCAGUUGCCAAGUUCAUCCUGUCCCAACCCAUACAGUCAGAGGUGGACCUCACAGAGCGGCUGGAUGCUAACCCGAUCAGCCGACGCGAUGGACGACUUCGAUUCCAGUUUAAUCCUACCCCUUAUUGGGGCCCUGGCUCCAGGGCUAAUGUUAACAUUGGUGAAGAGAAAAUGUCGAAGGCGAUACGAAAUCAAAACAAGCAUUCGAAUAAGUCAAAGGCGAAACGACAACACUCCCCUCAGCUUGACGAAGAGCAAUGUAAGAAACAAUGUUAAGGACAGUAUUGUGAAAUGUAA